UAGAGUUGUGGCGUGCUACUGACGUACCAUUUCACAAGUCUUAGUGCCAUUAUAUACAAAUUAAUAAUUCCAAUUUGGCAUUAUGGCUAUGGAGGUGGCCCAACACAGCUGGAAGGAGGUGGUGCCGGAGACGGUGGUAGAGGCGGAGGAGACACUCAUUGGACGUCGAGCUCGACGCACUGCCAACGGUGAUGGUGGUGCUGUUAAUGGAGAUGAUUUGUCAAGCAGUGAUGAGGAAGAGGCCAAAAAGGACAAAAAUGGAGUGUCCAUUGCAGGAAUUGAGGACUUGGCUGCCGAGAUAAAGACUGUAGACUUUCAGAAGCGUUAUGUUGUUGUCAAAGGCAAUCAUGAGACGGGAAAUACUGAGGGAGAAAUUCUUUCUGGUGUAUGUCUUCCACCUUCAGUAGGAGAUAAUUCACAUGAUGAGACGGGAAAUAUUAAGGGGGAAAUUCUGUCUGGUGUAUGUCUUCCACCAUCUGGGAAGUCACUAGGACAGGAUGAGACGGGAAAUAUUAAGGGAGGUUUUGUUUCUGGUGUAUGUCUUCCAGCUUCACGAGGACAUGAUUCACAGGAUGAGACUGGAAAUAGUAAGGGAGUUUUUACUUCUGGUGUAUGUUUUCCACCUUCACUAGGACAAGAUUCACAGGAUGAAAGGGGAAUUACUAAGGGACAUUUUACUUCUGGUGUAUGCCUUCCACCUUCACUAGGACAAGAUUCACAGUCAAGUGCUUCAGUAACAAAAGGAGGUGAAAAUGAAAGAAUCAUUGAAAAGGUUGAGGAGGAAACCGUCGAGUUGGAGUUCUUUGACACGGCAGCAAUUGAUAAGCUACACACACAUGAUGCAUAUUGUCCUAACUGCAGUUCUCGUAUAACCAAGGUUGUCCUCCGAAGGGUAAGGCGGGAAAGGAUUGAAAUAUUACCUGGUGAUCGUGGUGAUUGUCUAGUUGGAUGCUUGUCAUGCUUCAGUGUUUUCAAAAUUAUAGGAAAGAAGCUCAAUCCAUUCCCCAUUUUUGGAGGUGGAGACACAAACUCUGUGCCUUCUAGGUCUGUAACUGAACGAGGAAAACCAGUGGCAAAUGAAGAAGGAUGCUUUGAUCUGCAUUGGUUUUUUCGCAAGAGAAGGGAGCAGGACAAUGCUUCUCAACAGAAAGUAGCAGAUGGAAAAAAGACUGAGCCAGGGAAAAAUCUUAACCAAGCAAACAAUAGUGCUGAUUUGGGUUCAUCUCAUAAUCCAUUUGAAACACCACCUGGGAAGAACAGUCAUCCUUUUCCAAACGAAAGACUGCCAUCAGCUAAUAAUGAUGCAGCUGACCAUAUAUCCCCGAGUAGUAAGAAACCCUUAGGAACUCCUCCAGCAAAAGGACCCAAACAUUCAGGGGGUCUUUUUGAUCUUGGAGAGGAAGGUGGCUUCAUUCCAGGGGCAACGCCUUCCACGACACCAAGUGAAAUUAAUGAGAAUACAGGAGAUGAUUGCCGAAUUCCUAUAGAUGGAGAAGCUUCAUCAUCAACAGUGGAUCGCAGCAGUACAAGAAGACCAGUGAUUUCGGUUGAAGUCAAUCAGUCCAAAUCACUGGAGAUUGUAAAAAGCAUAGUAUAUGGAGGUUUGAUAGAGUCAAUUACAAGCUUGGGAGUGGUUUCUUCAGCAGCAGCUGCUGAUGCUGACACAGUGAAUAUUGUAACUAUUGGAGUGGCAAAUCUGAUAGGUGGAUUGUUUGUCAUUUGUCAAAAUCUCGUGGACUUGAAAUACAAUGUCGGAGGAGGUUCCAAUCUUAGUGACCAGGCAGAUCGAUACAGAGAGUUACUUGGCCAAAGAAAGCAUUUCCUACUUCAUGCUACUUUUGCCUUGUUUUCAUAUUUUUUCUUUGGCCUUGUCCCACCAGUAGUAUAUGGCUUCGCGUUCCGUAAGAGUGCCGACAGAGACUACAAGCUUAUAGCAGUCGCAGCGGCUUCUCUUCUGUGUGUCAUCGUACUUGCUAUUGCAAAGGCUUAUACACGAGGAGCAAAUAAGUUCGGUAAAUACUUCAGGACUAUUGUGUCCUAUGUCAUAGCUGCAGGUACGGCCUCAGGUGUUGCUUAUGCAGCAGGUCAUUUAUUUAAGAGGCUCAUGGAUGACUUGGGCUGGUUUGACACAAAGCCUGCACCCUCUUUUUUUUCCCCUGAGAUGAUUCCACAAAAUAAAGCCUGGGCAUCCUAUUGAAAUCUUCUUUGUGAUAGUUUUACUCUUCGUUCUUUGUGAGCUUUCAGAACCUCUGAGAAUUUGGUUGUUUCCUUGGGAAUUUUGAUUAAGCUAAAUGAGUGUUUGUAUUGGUUUUCCUAUGUGAAACAUGGUGUGUCUUAGAUACACUAUGGAAAGGUUUGCGUGUGUAAAUGUGUUCCUGUAGUCAAGGGGUGUUCACAGGCAUUUGGUCUCAAGGUCCAGGUGUGUUUUGUGUAUUUUCCCUUUAAACUUCUAUGUAUUCUCCAGUUCAUGUUUUGU